AUUCCUCCUUGCUUCUGCUUUUCAACACUUUCUUCUUACCUCUUACCUCCUCCCAUUCUUCAUCUCAUCAUUUCUCAGAAAUCAAAGCCAUGGCUGCAUCUUCUUUCCAGCUUCCAAGCCUUCAAGUCCAAGGCUCGCCGCUCCAAAAAUCCACCUUCCUGGGCCAAACUCACAUCUCCAAUCUCCCUCUCAGACCACCUCCAAAACCACCCGCAUCCUUCGCCCUCCAAACCCCUGUCGCUAAAUUCAACAUCUUCGAAAUCUUCGGAGGCAGAGGUCUCUGCAAUGGCGAGGAAGGGCUGGAGAAAGAACUCAAAAAGAGCGUCUCUGAACCGUCUAGCCUAACUAAGCAGGAGAAAGAAGACGCGGCUGACGUGGAGGGCGGCUUCCCGGAGGACGCGUUUGGGAAGGAGAUGCUAGGAUUCACCGGCGGAUUUCCUGGCGGCGAGAAAGGGCUGCAGAAAUUCAUCGAGGAAAACCCUCCGCCGCCGCCGACGACGGCGAAGUCAGGAACGGCGAGUUCCGGGUUUGUGAAGAAGCCGAAGCCGCCUGAACUGCCUAUGCUGUUGCCGGGGAUGAUUGCCAUCGUGAAGAACCCGAAUAGCCCUUAUCACAUGUACUGCGGCAUCGUGCAGAGAAUCACCGACGGCAAGGCCGGAGUGCUGUUCGAAGGUGGGAAUUGGGAUAGACUGAUCACGUUCCGAUUGGAUGAGCUGGAGCGCCGGGAGAAAGGACCUCCCAUGGUUAAUCCCAGGUCUGCUAUACUUGAAACCAUGGUAGAGAAGAGCUCAGAAUGAAGCUUAGCCAUGUUUUCAUUAUUGCUUCCAUUUUGUAAAUAGGAAGGAUAGUAGCUUUCAAGUUUGAGGUGUUAAUAUUAAUGACUUUAAUUUGUAAUCUUCAUCAACAUAAUGAAUUUCAAUAAUGCAAAAUGGGUUGAAGUAUCAA